AUGACAACCUAUGAAGAAUACCGGAAACAAUGGGAGCUGGACAGAAAAGAAGCUAAAACGUACCCGCUGACUCGAGGCGUUCCACUGACUGGCACACGAACAAUUGUCCCUUAUGACAUCCCCGUUUCCACUAUCGACGUGGAUGCUGCCCUCGCGGUACUUCCUCCUGCGCCUCCUGUUCGACCCCGACUACCUCCUACGGAUGAUCCAGAGACUGUUUCUCUAACUCUAACUACCAGCUUUCAAACCGGAACGGACAGAUGGGCACAAGUAUGGCUGGCAACGACGCCGCAAAAGCGCCGGGUCGUCGUCAAACUUUUUCAAGAAGCUUUGUUCCCGCGCACAUACAAAAGUGGUUUCGAAUGUUAUGCCAGUUGGUCUGCUGUCGCACUCUCCGGGGUCGAGGCAUGGGGAUAUGAACAGGCUAAGGCUUUGCAAGGCCUUUUGUUGCCGCACUCAUAUGGGUUCUAUCGCUUUGAACUCCCGUGCCGCCAGAUUGUCGUUGGCCUUGUGAUGGAGUACAUAGAAGGCCAUUCUUUCAAGCGAGACUAUGAAGCCAUGGUCGAUGGCUCGUUCUACUCGAUGGAGAGUCGACUGAAGAGGGAACCUGUGUUACAGCAACUCGCACUUAGUGUUUAUUGCCUGCAUUUAUGUGGUGUCCACCAUGGCGACUUGUCUGUCAGGAAUAUAAAGCAACUCCCUGGGCCGUCCCCUUUCUUUGUGUUCCUCGACUUUGCUCAAUGCGCUCCAUAUACCUUCUACACGACGUGGAAAGGCAAGCCGGAUUGUACAGGAUUAUGGCAGUGCCUUGGAGAAAUUGAGUCUUCGGAGAAUGUCGUUGCUUGGGUGGACCCUCCUUUCGCUCGCGGCGAACUUUGGGCCAUAAAUCUUAUCAAUGAACAGGCCCUCGCGGUGUACAGGCGGUCGGUUAACGCUGUUGAGAGACCGUAG